AAGGAUAGAGGCCCCACUAUUGAAUGAGUAUAGACGGCCUUAGAGGCAUAUAUCCUCUAUGACUUAUUCACAGGUACUUAGGCUAUAGGUAAGAUUUUUUAAAAUAACGUACCUAUCUAGUUAAUAUGCAACUUAGUAGGAAAAUUGACUUUCCAGUUUAUUUAUGAGCUGUUCCUUUACAUGUCGUACUUCACUGUACUUGUAAAAAGUAAUGCAGCGUAUCACCUAAUUUCAUUUUAUAUUUUAGACAAAAUGCCGCGAAAAUAUAAAAGGAAAAUAGGGACGAAACCCCGUUCGUGCUGCUUGGUCUGAAGAAGCCCUUUGCAAAGCUUUUGGGGAAAUGGAUAAAGGCCAAGUCGGUAUAAAUGAAAUCUCUCGUCGUUAUGGUAUUCCAUCUCGAACUUUGAGGAGGCGAUAUGCUAAAAAAAGCUGUGAAAAACUUACUUUGGGAAAACAUCCCACACUGGACUUUGACAACGAGAAACGUCUCGUAGCGCACAUACAAAAAUUAGAAAAGGCAGGAUUUCCCACAACACGACAGGAUGUAAGAAGACUCGCUUUUGAAUUUGCCGAGAAACUGGGUUUGGAAAAUCCUUUUAACAAAGAGACACGUAUGGCUGGUCAGCACUGGCUCAAAUCAUUUCUUGAACGACACCCAGAACUCAGUAUUCGCCAGGCAGAAGGUUUGUCUAUUGCAAGGGCUCAAGGAUUAAAUCGAGAUGAAGUAAACAAAAUGUUUGAAUUGUUGCUGAAAAUACUAACUGAAAAUGAUUUGAUCGAUAAACCUGAUCGAAUUUAUAAUACUGACGAUACUGGAGUUCAAAUGAACAAUAAUCCUGGUAAAGUUAUUGCUACUAAAGGUGCCAAAGUAGUAAAUUCCAUCACUUCUAGCGAAAAAGGUGAGACAAUGUCAAUUAUAGCUUGCUGUAACGCUGUUGGCAACUAUGUUCCUCCGGUGGUCAUUAUCAAGGGGGGCAAUAAAAGACCAGAGUUCCAAGAGGGUCUUCCGCCCGGAGCCAACGUGUACAUGAACAAAAAAUCUGCCUACGUCAACUCAGAACUCUUUCAAAAGUGGCUGAAAGAACAGUUCGUGCCAAUAAAACAGGGUAAGGUUUUGCUUAUACUUGACGGGCAUUCAUCUCACACUACUGCUAUUGAUUUACUAGAAUUAGCACAAGAAAAUGACAUCAUAUUGUUCUGUUUGCCAAGCCACACUACACAGGCUUUACAACCGCUUGACCGGAGUACUUCGCUUCAGUAACUAAAAACUGGAUGUUGAGUCACAAAGAUCGAAAAAUAAAUCGAUACAUUGCUGGAAAAUUAAUAGGUAACGCAUGGGCUCGCGCUGCUAUCUCUUCUAGUGCUGUGAAUGGGUUUCGUGCAUGUGGUAUUUUCCCGUACAAUCCUUCUGCUAUUCCCGACAGCUCUGAUAACAGCUUUCAAAAUGUAGAUGAAGGAAACCUUGCUUAAGACCAACCAGUAGCAAGAGAACUUAACGCUAAUGCUGAUGUGAAUUCAUAUUAUGUGGAGCCCCAGCCUGGUACAUCGUCGUCAACUAUCAAUAGGGAGCGGGAGCCUGAUUUCGGGUUCUUACUACACGAAGAUCUUGCAGCGGACGCAAUUAUUAUUCCCUUAGAAGGAAAUGUCAGUCCGUCCAUACUUUCUCAGAAUCAUAAUGUUGAAACUGUAGAAGUCAUAACUCCAAGUAAAUAUCUUAACGAAUGUUCACCUAUCCCGAAAAUUCCUGUUCCAUUAUACAAAAGAGGCAAGCAAGGUGCUGCCGUUUUAAAUUCAGAAGAACAUAUUAACUCUAAGAAAGCUAAGUUAAAAGUUAGUAAGAAAGCUAAGUAGAAAGUAGUUAAAAGACCGAGGUUUAGCUCUGAAAGUGAACAAGAGCUCGAUGAAUCAGAUUCUGACCAGACUGAAUCUGAUAAAGAAAAUACUCAAUGCAGAGAAUGUUUCGAUGACUAUGCAAGUACCAAGUCCACGGCGGACUGGAUUCAGUGUCUGAUGUGUAAACUCUGGUUACACGAAGACACUAUAUGGCGAUUACUGUAGUAGAUGUGGACACAAGAAGCUUGCAGCUCUAAAAGCUACACAAAGAGGCUUUUGGAUAACGCCUCUUUGUGUGUGAUGAAGUUGAGACUCCUUACAAACGUUGUGUAAAAAAAAACCAUGGCGAUUAAAAAGAGUGGCGGAGAGUUUAUUGCCAGUUCUUCUCUUCCGUUCUACGCCCU